AUGACUCAAACACGCCCAUCCACCUGCUGCGGUCAGUCACAAAGCGGCUGCAUCUGCGCAGCCCAGGCCAAGUGCGAAUGCGGGCGAACAUCUGCCGAGAAGUGCGAUUGCAGCAAGAAAGCAGCUCAUGAUCCACAGAGCGAGGGAGCGAGGUGUUCAUGCCGAAUGAGACCCGCCGGUCAAUGCACAUGUGAGCGAUCUGUCAGUGAGAAUAAGCCUGUAGAGGGGGAUAGCUGUCCUUGUGGUCAGAGACCGGUUGAUUCAUGCACCUGCACAAAAGCCGACAAGGUAGACGUUGCUACUGCUGCAUAUGACAACCUGGAGACAGAUUUUACCUCAAAAGCUUAA